AUGGCUGGUGACUUCAACUGCGUGUCGACGACUUGGGAUGACUAUGAGCAUGGCGAGUCGUCGACGGCAAUAUCACUGCGGGAUACCGCAUCUCAGAUCGGCCUCGAAUUGGAGCACGAUCUCCAGGGUCUGUCAGAUCAUGUCCCGAUCUGUACAGAUCUUGAUAUCGGUCCCGAACCGCCCGGAUCUGGGCGACGGACAAUUAAACCCGGAAGCGAGGCUGAGAAGUCUUUCAUUUCGGAUAUUCUCCGGGAUCUUGCGGCUAUUCCUGUCGCAGCCCUGGCAACCAAGGAAGGCAUUGAAGCUUUAGCCAAUGCUAUUGCAACAGCGUUCUCAGACGCGUGGCUUGCCCAUUCGACCGAGUCCAAACCUACCAAGUGCUCCAAGUCCUGGUGGACGGAUGAGUGCUCAGAGACAUUCGGAGUAUAUCAGUUGAGCUGUUCGCUCACUGACUACAACAAGUUUAAGAAGGCAUGUAAAGAUGCCAAGCGUGAUUUCUUUGAUGAACGCAUCGCAGAAAUCGCUACCUCUCGCAAGCGCCCGUGGGACCUAAUGGAAUGGGUCAAACAGUGCAAGCUACCACCCUGUGAGGCUAUUCGCAAUGGCGAUCAGCCUUGCCACGAUAUGGACGACCUCUGGGACUCCCUGCACGGCACGUAUAACUCGGCCUCUGGUCGCGAGUACGAUGCCUCAGUCUUAGUUGAGCUUCCUGACAAGCCGGUCCGUGAGUGGGCUGACUUCUCGGAGCAUGAGUUGUUGAGUGCUCUUAAGGGGUGCUCCAACUCCUCUGCACCAGGACCGGACCAUGUUACAUGGGUCCACCUAAAGGAGUUGCUCAAGGAUAAACACGUCCUUGCGCUCUUCAUCGUGCUGGCCAAUGCCUGCCUUCGGGUGGGUCAUUGGCCGCUUAUAUUCAAGGAGUCGCUAUCGGUUAUCGUCCCAAAGCCGAAUAAGCCCUCCUAUGCUGUGCUGAAGGCUUUCUGGCCAAUCGUACUCCUCAUCACUUUUGGUAAACUUAUCGAAAAGAUGAUUGCCAAUAGGAUACAGUUUGACGCUGUCAAGCAUGAUAUCUUUCAUCCCAACCAACUUGGCGGUAUCCGCCAGAGGUCCACUGAGGAUGCUGGAUUGAUUCUGACCCAUCUCUUCUUCCCUUCUAUCAACCAUGAAAUGUUCAUGGCUGUGCUUUGCAAGCAAGGGUUCUUGCUGGUUCUGGUGAAGUUCUUUGCCUCCUAUCUUGUUGGCCGUUCCACAGUUUACUGUUGGAACACCUUCCAAUCUGACUUGUGGUCUGCGGACGUGGGUGUCGGGCAGGGCUCAGCUCUCUCACCUGUUAUCUCUGGGCUAUUCAUUGCUCCGGUAAUGAAGCUCUUCUACAUCAAGGCGGUGCCGCUCAACAUGACGCUGCUUUCCUUUGUGGAUGACGGGACCAUUCUGGCCCAAUCCAAACAACUUGAUGAUAAUAAUGUGGGCCUGCGUAAGGCCUACAAGAUUAUCUACCUUCUCUUUGUUGCUUUCACACUUGUUCUUGAACACGACAAGACCGAGCUGUUCCACUUUUCGUGUCGACGAGACGCCUACAAUCCCUCGCUGGAUUUGGGGUACUCCCCACAUACCGGUGCUACACCUUUGAAGCCCAAGACCUAUUGGAGGUACUUGGGUUUCUACUUUGACCGUGGGCUCACGUUUCAUGAGCACGUUCGCUACUACGCCACCAAGGUGUUUACCACCGUGCAGGCCAUGCGCAUGCUCGGGAACUCUACUAGAGGUCUCUCGCCUAAACAGCGCCGCCUCUUAUAUCGGUCGUGUGUGGUUCCCAUUGCCACAUACAGCUAUCGUCUCUGGUAUUUCGAUGGCACCCGCAAUAAGGGCGCGAUGAACCAGUUGAAACGGAUGCAGCGAAAAGCUGCUCUAUGGAUUACAGGUGCUUUCCGCACCUCUCCCACCAGCGGUCUUGAGGCUCUAGCGGGUCUCAUCCCUGUCCACCUUAUGCUGAAGAAGCUGGCGACGCGUGCAGUGUAUCGCGUCACCACCCUCUCAGACACUCACCCUCUUCACUCUAUGAUGGGCAAGGGACUCCUUAAGCGAGCCGCACCACAUGCUCGCUCAGCCGCCUUGAUGACCCCAGCUAUGCGAGGGAAAGUCAAGAGCACUGUCAUGGAGGUGGACGAGCGCGUCCACACCUUAACUGAGAGCUUCGAGCCCUUUGCACCCAAAGCUCACCCAGGCGAUUGGUUACUGGACCGCUAUGCGGACCGUCUCCACUUUGACAAGUGUGAUCCCACUCAGGAUAGGCACCCAUACCUUGAUGAGCUCAUCGCGAAAGCGAGGGCUGACCCACUAACAGUACUGGCUGCAACUGAUGGCUCUGUCCCUCAGUCCAACCAGUAUCAGGUGGCUUCAGCUGCCAUCAUCUACAAGGGACAUCGCAAGCUCGAGAGGACUCGUUAUGUCUCUGGCAGAAUUACCGCCCCAGAUGCAGAACUCAAUGCCAUCUCGUGCGCAGUGCGCCUUGCUGUCAAGCAGGCAAACUGCCAACAUAUUAUGGUCUUCACUGACUCUAUGGGCUUGGCCCAUAGAGUGGUCGACCCUUCCGUGCACUCUGGUCAGGCUUUUAGCCUGUCAGUUUGUCGCACUCUCCAAGAGUGGUUCAAAGCGGAUGACCUCCGCCACAUCACCUUUGUCUACGUCCCUUCCGCUAUGCGGUGGGAUAUCCAUGGUGAAGCACACAAGUACGUCACCGAACUCAAAGUCAGGGUUGGGCGUCGCAAGACGGACAACUCCAUAGAUGCGCUACGCUCCCGAGCCGCGCACUCAGUCCUGGAUUCGUGGAGUUCCACUUUCCAGGACCCAACCUACCAAGGCUCUGAGUUUUUAGAGCUUCAACAGCCUGACGGGCGGCUGCUACAGCCAUCGUACCUCAAUGGGGGACCUUGGCUUUCAACUUUCGGACACAGUAUCACUGAGUUCGCUCGCGUUUGCCGGUGUAUAACUGGCCACGCGCCCAUUGGAGCGUAUUACCGUUGCUUUAAGAUUAACGAGCCUCAUGGCUGCACUUGUGGGGCUGCUUUGCAGUCCUGCCAGCACGUCCUCUUUCGCUGCCGCAAUCGCUACUCUGUGCAUUACCCCCGCUUUCUUGGGGAUAUUGCAUCUUUUAUGAAGUACAAUCCUACAGCAUUUGGCUUCAACCGGGACCCCUCGGGUGUCGGAUAA